GCAACAAAAAUAGGGAUCUGCAUUGUAUUAAUAAAAUAUAUAUGUAUAUAUAUUCCAUAAUAAUGUGUCUUCUGCGUUGAAAAGUCAUUUAAUAGGACAUUAUGAAUAUAAGGCCUCGGUGCCGAGAAUGGCUGCCUCUGAGCACACAGCAGUUGCGAUUGAGAAAUCUUCAAGCAAUUCAAGGCGUAAAUAUUGAGGUGGUGAACAGCAGCCAGAGUCCUUGCUGUUGCACCUCUCCAACGACAAUAUCAUCCUGCAGCAAAUGUCCCGAGAAAUUGGUGUAUUACACUUUACACGAUCAUCCGGAAAACGAGGCCUUUUAUGAAAGUGAAAAAAUACCAUUGCGUAUGUAUUUGCCACUGAAAUGGGCGGAGAUUCAAUGUCUGUCAAUGGUAAAGUCCAACGCUAACUGUGUUUGCGUUAAAGUCUGGCUGUGGACCAAGAAAUCGGAACUGAAUAAUUUAGAUGAUUUAGUCGAUGACAAAGAAUAUGCCGACAAAAAGGAGCCCAUCAGUGCCUUAUCGUUGGAAUUUGCCAAACUGAGGAGGCCAAACAAACCUCCUGGUAAAUUACUUUUUAGUUGGGGUAUUUUCUUUUCGGGUCUCAUACCUCUAUCACUGAAUUGUGAGGCAAAAUGUGGAAACAACACCCUUAUAUUUCAAAUGAACGACGAACUAUUCGCUUCGCCUGACAAUUUCACCACGGAAAACUUAAGAGAACAGCUGGCCAUGAAUUAUGAACGCUAUUCGGCCAGUGUGCCCAAGUGCAGUAUUCCAACUCCUGACGAACUUACCAUCAAUUCACCACAUGUUAGUCGAAGCUCUAGCCCGGUAGCUGUUGAUUGGCAAAGAGACUUGCUGCGAAUGUCUCGCACCCGUUAUGCCCAGUUGAACUGUUUACGCUCUGAAGUGAGAGCCAGCUAUGAUUUGACUAAGUUAUUAAGAUUACAACAACUACAAAGACAACGAUUGCAAACGCAGAGGGAGAGCAUAGAAUUGACGGCUGACAUUAAGCGUUUGAGUUUAAGAUGCAUAACCAAAGAACAAUUAUUACGAAAGCCCCGAACGACUUCGAUUGGUUUAUCAACUUCAUCAUCAACUGCCUCUCAAUACCAUUCCAUGGGACGAACUUUAAGUCUCUUAUUAGCAGAACAACAAAGCAUUGAUCCUCAUCAAUUGUUGCGAGCUCAAGAGCUGCAACGACAAUUAGAGUCCUUGAAAAGUAGACAAAGACUUUUGCAAAGUGCCCAGGAUACUUUUUCCAAACGCAUUACCCAAUUGCGUCAACAACUAACAGCGGCCACAACGUCUAGACAACAGUUGCAAACAUGGCUAGGUGGUAGGAAACGUAAGUUAAACGAUGACAAGUUGCAUUUGGAAGACUUUUAUAUAAAUCAAUUGGAGCGAAGACAAAUGAAACGUUCUAUAGGAGAACAGGUAGAUAGGCGCAUGUCCUCUUUAUGCAUAGAACUGAAAGAAAUCUAUCCAAUUGCUGAAUGUAUUGGCCUCUAUACCAUAUGCGGAGUGCGUUUUCCCUCGGUGGAGGGCUACGUAUACGAUUCCAAUAAUCCCAAUAGUGUGUAUAUAUCUGAUAAUAUAACACCAAUGGCCAUAAGCGCCUCGUUGGGAUAUGUUGGGCAUAUAGUUCAAAUGAUAUCGGUGAUAAUAAAUUGUCCUUUAAGGUAUCCCAUAAUUCAUGAAGGUUCACAUACCCGCAUUAAGGACAUUGUGAGGGAUAUUCCUCCUUACGCUUCAAGAGAAUAUCCCCUGUAUAGCCGCUCUUCCAUUCCCACUAAAGCUGUUAAAUAUGCUAUAAGUUUGCUUAACUUGAAUAUAGCUCAACUGAACUAUAAUAUCACCGGCAAAAGCUGUGAUGUACGUUGCACCAUCGCAAAUUUGUUACACAUUUUCAACAUCUUCGCUGAAAUCCAACAGAAUAAACAUCAAAGGCAUUCACACACACGAACGCUACCACAAAAACGUUUGUCGAUAACAGAGAUUACCAACGAAAUUGAUGGCCACCAGCUGCAUGAAAAUUUGAAGCACUCCAUCAAAAACGGCGAAGACUAUUCAUUAUCUAAAUCUCAUUCAUCGGUGGACAUGAAUCAUAUGCAGCCCCCUCCCCCACCGACUCUUCACCACCACCACCAUCUUCAUCAUCAUCAUAAUCAUAGUAACAAAAUAAACACUUAUCCAUUAACUACUGAAAAUCUAACCACCCAUUUGAACUCCCAAACAAUUCCGAUUGACAUAACACUGGAACGAAAUGUGAUGCUAAAUAAUAACCAACAAAGGAUUUGUCGAUCUGCCGGCUCUUAUACAGAUAGUGAAGACGAAAGGGAUUGCCGUUCGGCUUCAGACUCCAACUUAACGCUGCAAACCCAUAGCGGUCAUAUUUGAAGUUAAUCUUUAUGUGAUAUUGUAUUCUUUGUUCUUUAUUUUUUUUUGUUUUGUUUAAUCUUUCUUUCACAUGCCCCCCAAAACUAUAGUUAUAAAAGCUUUA